GCGUGUCCGGUAAGGGAUGUGGGCGUGUCAGGAAAGCGCCCAAGGCUCGAGCGCUCCGUGGGAAAAGAAGCUCAGAGGGUUUCUGGAGGGAAGGGAAGAAAAAAAAAAAAACGAACAGAUUACGCAGAGAGGCGCGCGCGCGCCACGACCAGCUGUGCGCACAUCGCUCGCGCUCCGGUCUCUCAGCCCCUGAAGCUCGCGCUCGCGCUCGCGCCGACAUGAAGCGGCCCUGUGAGGACAGCACAUCCGACAGCGACAUGGACGAGACCAUCGACGUGGGCAGUGAGAAUAACUACCCCGCCCAAAGCAGCAGCUCUUUUCUGAGAUGUGCUUCUCCCACCACCACCUCACAGGUCAUGGCCCGAAAAAAACGCAGAGGGAUCAUCGAGAAGCGACGGAGAGACCGGAUCAAUAACAGUUUAUCGGAGUUGCGUCGCCUGGUGCCGACUGCUUUCGAGAAGCAGGGCUCUGCUAAACUAGAGAAGGCUGAAAUACUGCAGAUGACAGUAGAUCAUCUAAAGAUGCUCCAGGCUACAGGAGGAAAAGGUUAUUUCGAUUUCCAUUCUCUGGCCAUGGACUUCAUGAGCAUCGGUUUCCGUGAGUGUCUCACCGAAGUGGCUCGCUAUCUGAGUUCGGUAGAAGGACUGGACUCAAGUGAUCCGCUGCGCAUUCGCCUCGUCUCACACCUCAGCAGCUGUGCCUCUCAACUCGUCGCCUCAUCCAUCACACACCACCCUCAGGCCCUGCAUCCUCUCCACCCGCUGCACCCGCUACCCGCAGCCUUUCUAGCACACGCCACACCAUCGCCUUCCUCCUCAUCUUCCUCUUCAGAGCCACAUCGCGCCUCCUUCUCUCACGCCGGGAGCAUAGCACCGCCACUCUCCACCUCCCUGCUCUCGCUCUCUGCAACCUUCCCCCUGUCUUUUCCCGCUGGAUUCCCACUCUUCGCUCCUAGCAUGACAUCAUCGGCGACCAUCAGCCCCUCCAUUUCCAGCUCUUCCACAUCGUCGACGUCACAGCAGAGCAGCUCCAGCACCAGUUCUGCUAAACCCUACCGGCCAUGGGGGACUGAAGUGGGAGCCUUCUGAGCGCUGAGACUGUGAACUAUAAACGCUGCUCUUUCAGCCACAAUCAAUUCGACAAGUGCCUGGCUGUGUGUAUCAUUGAAGUAAACCUCAUGGGAGGGGAAGACAGUGUGGAUCAUGUUUUGUACGCAUCACACAUGGAUGAUUGAUUGGUAUUUUCAAUGAAAUGGGCCCAUCACUGUCUUUUUUUCUUAUCUUUACCCUGACAUUUCCCAUGGAGAAAUACCACGAUUUUUGUUUCACACAAACUUUACAUGAAGGGAUGAUGCUGUUCUGCAGGACGGUGUGACUGAAAUGCAACUUAACACAACAGACAAUAGCAGCUAAGAUCCUAGUAAUGCUGAAUCGAAUACAAGCUCGAUAGUGUCUUUCGUCGGAUUUGAACUCACAACCUUCCAGUCACCUUUACUGCUGAGAAACAACUGUCCUACUGAAAUAUCAUGUCUGUGCAUAAAGUCCCAGGAAACAGUGCAAAAUAUUAAAAAUUAUUUGUAGUAUGUAAACAUUGUUAGUUAUAUUAAAUAUCCAGAAAAUGCUUGGAUGAGGGAAAACUAGCAAAACACAUUAACAAGCCAAAAACAUGACAGCAAAUUCAGAAACACAAAAUGGAGAGUAUAGUUCCUUAUUAAGCGUCACAUUCUUGCUGAUGAUUGGACAUGGCGUAUGACUAUCACAAAGACAAAGAAUUGCACUUUUUCAGUCUGGUAUCUAGUUUAACCUAGUGAAAGUGAUUUAAUGAGAAGUUACUUAUGUUAUUAUUUCUUUCCUUUAGGCAGGUUUUCAGCUCUGUGUUUUCAUAUUUAUAGUAAUGCCAUGCAAAACUGACAGCAUGUCUAUAAUAACAUCAUAUGAAUGCCCUUGAUUUAAAAAAAAAAAAAAAAAGCACAAAUAGAAGCGUAAGUCGAUUUAGGCUCAUAUUCCUCUUACUGUAAAGAUCCUUCAGCUUUUUGUUUUCCAUGGUCUCUCGGACUGACACAUGCCGUAACCAAUCAGCAACGAGUAUGUGACGUUCAAUAAGGACAUACCCUUUUUGACUUAAUGUUGAUGUGUUUUCAGAUUUGCUGUUAUGUUUUUGGUUUGUUAAUGUGGUUUGCAUUUAUGGGCCAUGGUUAAAAAAAAAAGAAAAAAAAUUGAAAUAAAAUAAACCUGCUCAAACACAAACACUAACCACUCCAGCUGAAUUAGUGUUCAGAAGUGUCCUAUUGGGCGUGGCUUAGUAUUCUAAUGAGCAUGCUUGAGUGACACCCGUCUCUCUCAGACACACCCAGCCUACUACACCACACUCAUUGGUACAACUUUAAUCAGACUCAAAGGACACAGAAAACAAGUCGUUUCUGAAAGCUGUGUGGAACAAGCGAUAUCAGCCUUGUGAUUGGUGACGGUAAAACUGACAGCAAAGCUCGGGAAGUGGUAGCUCAGUGGUUAAGCUGCUGAAGUCCUGCUCAGAAGAUUGAGAGUUCAAGCUGCCACUGCUGGGCCCUUGAGCAAGGCCCUUAACCCUCAACUGCUCAGUUGUAUAAAUGAGAUGCUUGUAAUGUGCUCUGGAUAAAUGCUAUAAAUGUAAAACAUAUGCAAAUCUACCCUGAAAUGAGCCCCGCCCACUUUACAUCUGAUUACAUGUAGACCUACUGAACAUUGUGCCCAUAAGACCAACUUUAACCUUAAAAAAAAAAAAAUCACUCACAGAUUUCUCUUUCCUGUGACUUUAACCAUCAAAACCACUGUCUGAUUUUCAAAUCUUCUAUUUUCACUUUUAAAAAACCCAAUAAGCCAAAGGUUUUCCAGAUAAUCACAGAACAGUUGAGGUGUGAAUGAGAGUGUGUGUUGUGAGGAACUAACCACUCGGUGUGUAAAUAUGUACAUGUGGAAGAGUGUAACUAGAGUUUAUACUGGAGCUGUAUAUUGUUAUGAUGAUGCACUUCGGUCACUACUGCCUGGAGAGACGGGAUUCUCUCUACGAUAUCUGCGCUAGAGCUCUCUCACUGUUCGCUCGUGUUGUAUGUCAGAUUUGCCAGUAAACCCACACUACUGUAUCUUUUUUUAAUCCCCAUCCCACUCUUUUAAUAUGUAACCGUUUUUCUAUGCAAAAUGAAAAAAAAAAAAAAGCAGAUGUCACAGAUUAAAAUUCAGUCCUUUUUA